CAGCAAACAGACCCCAGCCUCAGCGUGAGACGACGCAAAGAUCCAAUUUUUCUCUUUCCAUCUGGAGCUACUGAAUAAAUAAAGCGAGCCCCGAGACGGGGCGAGAUGCUGCUGCACAUUGCUCCUCCUCCUCCUCCUCCUACUUGUUGUACCCCCGCAGCCCCGGCCAUCCGCCUCCUCUCCCCUUCCUCCGCCGCCGCUCCAUCGUCGUCUUCCUCCUCCGUUAGGCGCCGCCGCGCCAACCUUCGCUGCUCCUCCUCCUCCGCAGAAAUGGCUGCCACUGCUGGCACUGCUAUCUACCCUCUCCACCGUUCCAAAACCAUACACCUGGUCAGGCAUGCCCAGGGUAUUCAUAAUGUGGAAGGUGAGAAGGAUCAUGCUGCUUACAUGUCACCUGCACUGCUUGAUGCUCACCUUACCCCUUUGGGCUGGAGCCAAGUUGAUUCCCUACGAGAACAUGUGACAAAAUGUGGACUUGCUAAAAAGAUCGAGUUGGUUAUUACUUCCCCUCUAAUGAGGACUAUGCAAACUGCAGUUGGGGUCUUUGGUGGUGGGAACUAUGCUGAUGGGGUAAGUGUAUCACCAUUGAUGGUAGAAGGUGCCGGACACAGUGGGCGUGAGGCAAUUUCAAGUUUGAACUGCCCACCAUUUCUUGCAGUUGAGACCUGCAGGGAGCACUUGGGUGUUCAUCCCUGUGACAAGAGGAGCAGCGUAACAGAAUAUCGUAGUCUCUUUCCUGCCAUUGAUUUUUCCUUGAUAGAAAAUGAUGAAGAUGUUCUUUGGGAACCUGAUGUAAGAGAAGCAAACGAGUCUGUUGCAGCUAGGGGCAUGAAGUUCUUUGACUGGUUAUGGACAAGAGAAGAAAAGGAGAUAGCUAUUGUCAGCCAUAGUGGUUUCUUAUAUCACACCUUAAACAUGUACGGCAAGGAGUGUCAUCCAACCAUAACAGAGGAACUGGGCAAACACUUUGCCAACUGUGAGCUCCGGUCGAUGGUAUUGGUCGACAGAAGUAUGCUUGGAUCGCAUUCCCCCACCUGCAACUUCCCUGGAAAGACACCGGCUGGGCUUGAUCUGCCUAGUGAUGUCGCAGACAAGAAACACCUUGAGGAAGCUCAGAAGAACUGAGACCGUUGAGCACACUGAUGUCUUUGUUUCUUUUGUCAAGCCAAUUCUGGCACGGUCCGAUUUUGCACCAGAAGUUUGAAUUUGAAGCAGAGAUAAACAGCUUCUACGGAUAGGACUUGCCUUCUGUUGCUCUGAAGUAUUGUUUACGGGGUUGGUUAUGUUUGUUGUCUCGGUAUGUGCUGAACUUCACGGUAAUAAGGAUGAUCAUAGCGUUCUGAAAAGAACGAGGACAAUAUAUUGAUAGAGCUUUUGAGUUACAGAAUAUUGUAUAUCUUUAUCUGUAGCUUUAUCUUGAAUAUUUAUUCGAUUAUAUGAUGUGCCAAGAUCAAUUUAUCUUUCUCU